GCUCCGAGCUCGCCCCGGGCCCGGCCCUCUCCCAUCGCUCCGACCUCGCCCAUCGUCCCGGUCCCGGUCCCGGUCCCAAUCCCGCCCUGAGCCUGCCCCGAUCUCGGCCCUCGCCCAUCGUCCCGGUCCCAAUCCCGCCCCGAGCCCGCCCCGGGCCCGCCCCGUGACUCGUCAGCGCGGGGCGCCGCGCGCAGUUCCCGCUGGACCCGCCCGGGCGCUGCCGCCGCGGCCCCGUUCUCGUCCCUCCGCCAGGAUGUCGGCCAAUGUCCCUGGGAGCUCAAACAUGGCUGCUGGCAGCAAUCGCCGGCUGCAGCAAACCCAGCACCAAGUGGAUGAGGUUGUUGACAUCAUGAGGGUGAACGUGGACAAGGUCCUGGAGCGGGAUCAGAAGCUGUCGGAGCUGGAUGACCGCGCUGAUGCCCUGCAGGCAGGAGCCUCCCAGUUCGAGACCAGCGCGGCCAAGCUGAAGAGGAAGUACUGGUGGAAGAACUGCAAGAUGUGGGCAAUAUUGAUAGGUGUUGUUGUCAUUAUCAUCAUCAUCAUUAUUGUCUGGAGUGUGUAUUCAUGAAUUACAAGAAGAAACUCAAUUCAACUGAAGGUGCCUUUGGGAAUCCACUUCAGCCUCUCCACUUCAAACCUGCUGCCUUCUCAGCCCGUUUACUGCUGUUUAAAGCAAACCUAUUUUGAUUACCGAGACGUUAACUAACCUUACUGGUGGC